GUGAUUGGACCCUCAGUCUCAAUCCCACCUCUGGUAGCGCUCUGUUGCCCUGACUGCUCCCACCAUGCGCUCGUCGUGGGCGUGUUUGGUGCUUCUGGCGGGCUGUGCCGCCGCCCAGUCCAACACCUACCUGCCCCCGCGGAGGGGUGGCGGCGGCGGCUCCUUCGGGGGCGGCGGCGGCUCCUUCGGGGGCGGCGGUGGUGGCUCCUUUGGGGGCGGCGGCGGCGCCUACAGUGGCGGCGGCGGCUCCUUGGGAGGCGGUGGUGGCUCCUUCGGAGGCGGCGGAGGCGGCGGCGGCGGCCGAGGACAGCAGGCUCAAAUAAUUUCACUCAUCAACGAGAACAACGGAGACGGCACCUACAGAUACAGCUACGAGACCGACAACGGCAUCCAGGCGCAGGAGCAGGGCCAGCUGCAGGACGACGGCGGCGAGGGCGUGCUGCGCGCGCAGGGCUCCUUCUCGUUCACGGCGCCCGACGACAACCGGCGCUACUCCAUCACCUACACGGCCGACGAGAACGGCUUCCAGCCGCAGGGCGACCACCUGCCCACGCCGCCGCCCAUCCCGCCAGAGAUCCAGCGCGCCAUCGCGCAGAACGCGGCCGACGAGGCACGGGGCAUCGUUGACGACGGCCAGUACAGGGCGAGCGGGGGCGGCGGCGCCGGCGGCAACGGCGGCGGCCGGGGCGGCUACUCCUCCGGGGGCGGCGGCGGCGGCGGCUACUCCUCUGGGGGCGGCGGCGGCGCCAGGGGCGGCUACUCCACUGGGGGUGGUGGUGGCGGCGGCUACUCCUCCGGGGGCGGCGGCAACGGCGGCUACCAAUACUGAAGAGGAGGCGGCGGCGCCGCGCUCUCGGCAAUGUGAUGACGGGUUUGAUGAUGUUGAUGAUGGCCUGCAUGGUUGGGUCACACCGCGUCGGCGUGGCCGCGCCCUCGAUCCCGAGCCCCGAUUGGUCGGCCGCUAGU